CUGGCUUGUUGAAGAUGGAGGGGCGAUGGGGUAAAACCUCUUGUAAACUCUGUCCGCCGCAGCCAGCCGGGAGUGUGGCUCGCACCGCGUUGCUAUGUCAGUAUGUGCAGUUUGUCGCUGACGGCGUGGAAGCAGCGUCUCCAUGAUGUCCAGCCUGAACACCUGAGGAGCAAAGUUCUGGUCGAGGAGCAGGAGUUUCUUUCCCCGCCCGUUGAUCUCUGACGGCUGAAAAACUUUCACACCACCAUGGCGCACUCCGCUUCUGUAUCGAUCUGGGCAUUCGCUUUGGGUUUGUGCCUGGGGGUGUCCGAGUGCUACUUCUCCAUUCCACUGAAAAUCUACCCCGGGAAGUACAACUUCUCCUCGGCCGCGGAUCUGACUCCCGCUCGGAGAGUGGCGUUAACGUCCGAUGGAAACGGCCUGUCUCUGGCCUCUGAUCCCAGCGGCACCGUCAACUUUCUGGACAUGGUGAAUAACUUGCAGGGCGACUCUGGAAGAGGCUACUACAUAGAAAUGUCCAUCGGCACUCCCGGUCAAAAGCUGAACAUCCUGGUGGACACGGGCAGCAGUAACUUCGCCGUGGCGGCGGCGCCACACCCUUUCAUUACUCACUUCUUCAACACUGCUCUCUCCGAUAGCUACUUGUCCACGGGUCGGACGGUGGCUGUCAGGUACACCCAGGGCAACUGGGAGGGGGAACUGGGCGUGGACGGCGUCUCGAUACCGAACGGCCCGAACGGGACCAUCAUCAUCAACAUUGCGGCGAUCCUGUCAUCCGAGGGCUUUUUCCUUCCUGGGAUAAACUGGCAGGGCAUCCUGGGACUGGCCUAUCCCAUGUUGGCUCGGCCCGACUCGUCCGUGGAGCCCUUCUUCAACUCUGUGGUGCAACAGCUGGGAAUUCCAGACAUCUUUUCCCUCCAGAUGUGCGGCGCUGGUCUGUCAGCCAGCAGCACAUCCGACCCUGCGGGGGGCAGCCUUAUAAUGGGUGGGGCUGAACCGUCUCUGUAUCGGGGGACGGUGUGGUACACUCCUAUAUUGGAGGAGUGGUACUACCAAGUGGAGGUUUUGAAGCUGGAGGUCGGAGACCAGAACCUGGAUCUGGACUGCAGAGAGUACAACAUGGAUAAAGCUAUCGUUGACAGUGGGACGACGCUGCUGCGGCUUCCUGUCAACGUCUUCAACGCGGUGGUGGAAGCCAUCACGCGCAGCUCUCUGAUCCAGGAUUUCUCUUCGGGCUUCUGGGACGGCACCAAGCUGGCAUGCUGGAUGAAGGGAGAGACCCCGUGGAGGUUUUUCCCCAAGCUGUCCAUCUACCUGAGGGCCACCAACACCAGCCAGUCCUUCAGGAUCACCAUUCUACCUCAGAUGUACAUCCAGCCAAUCACAGACGUGGACGGCACGCUGGACUGCUUCCGCUUCGGAGUGUCGUCGUCGGCAAACGGCCUGGUGAUCGGCGCCACCGUCAUGGAGGGCUUUUACGUGGUGUUCGACCGCAGCCAGCGCAGACUUGGCUUCGCACUGAGCAACUGUGCAGCGAGUGGCAGCGUCGCCCUGUCGGAGAUCGCGGGACCCUUCUCCGCCGCGGACGUGGCCGCCGACUGCUCCGGCCGGACGCUGAGGGAGCCUCUGCUGUGGGUGAUCUCCUACACCCUGAUGGCGGUCUGCGGCCUGGUCCUGGUCGUCCUGCUGCUGCUGCUCGUCCUGCCGUGCAGGCGCCGCGGCCGCUCCGGGGAGAUCACCGACGAGUCCUCGCUGGUCCGCCACCGCAUCAAAUGACUGAGAGCGGAGGGACGGGCGAGCGCGGUAGAGGACAGCGAGGCGAGCCCGUCCGCGGCCGAGGAGAGGGAGGUGACGCUCGCCUCCGGCUGCUCCGGGGACCUGAACGCACGCUCAUCCAGUCGGCCCAGGGAGGCAGCGGCACCGACGGAGGAGCUGCCUCCUAAAGGGAAUCCACACCUCCAGAACGCUUCUCCAGACUGUCCAACAUCAGAGGCUUUCCUCUCGCUUUAACGCAAUGAAAUACGUCGAG